UAGAAAAGGCGGAAAAUGUGAUGUGUAGUUUUUACUUGCGCUUGUAAUCAUAACCAAGUAUUUAAACAUGGCAUUUAACCGUACGGGCUCUUCACAAAACCCUCUGGAGUCUAUACUGGAAGGUAAUAUGCCCCCUUUGCGAGAAAAAGAUAAAGGAAAUGUCUUCAAACGUCGCAGUGUCAACUUGAACAGAUCAAUACAACUUCUAGAUGAAGCAGUGGGUUCACCUAGUUAUUUGCCUCUGACUCCGAAAACACCACGUGGACGAUUGCUGCGCCACAGCCACUAUACUCCAGUAAAAGUUCCAUCAUCAUCUAACUUUGAUGUUUCUCAGAUGUUUACUCCAACACCAAGAAAGGGGCAGUUUGACGUAACCGAGGACAUAACAACAACAAAUGUUUCCUUGUUGAUGGAAGAAGAUCCCGGUCUAGCAGCAUCAUCUGGACUGUAUCAUGAUUUCCAGCAGAGCAUGAAACGCAAUCCUGCCCCACAGCAAGUCUUUGAUCUGUUGUCCGACUACGAGCAAGUGUGCAAGGACCAAGUUUAUGUUCUGAAGAAACUCGUCAGUCGAGCUGUUCCUCAACAAGACAAAUGUAAGAAAACAUAUAAAACACUUGGACUGCUCGACAAGGAAAAAGUGACAUGGCAGUUAGUGCAUUCAUUGUACCGUGACCGCACUGACACAGAAAUUAAUAAUCACUAUCAUGAAGAGGAUAUGCUAAUUGAGGGUGCUGAAAAGAUAGCUACUGAUCAAAACUUGGUGGAUAAUUUGUAUGCACAAAACGACACUUUAAGACGGAGUCAGCUUGUUAUUGAUUGGCUGGAGAGUUGUGCCUCAGAAAACCUGGACAUGUUAGCAGAUAAUGUGAAGUUUUUCUCAGACCAGCCAGUAGCUUGGGAAAACACACUUCAUCAUCUGAAGAACAAAGUCAGUGGUGUUCCAAUGGCCAGCGACCGGCCUCUUGUUGAUGAGUUGGAUCCCGAUGCCCCAAUACGACAGAACCGAAUACUAGAUGACUUGGACAAAGAAGAUGAAGACAGGCUAUUGCAACAUAUAUUCAUCUGUCUGCGGGCAGGACAGCUGGAAAAAGCUCAAGAGGUGUGUCAGAAGUGUGGUCAGUUCUGGCGUGCGGCCACACUAGAAGGCUGGCGACUGUACCAUGACCCCAACUACGAGAAACUCGGACCAGACAAUCAGAUGGCUGCAGUACGUGGCAACCCAUACCGCGACGUUUGGAAGAAGGUCUGCUGGAACAUGGCAAACGAGACCAAGUUGAGCAUGUGUGAGAAAGCCAUAUAUGCCGUGUUCAGUGGCAACCUGCCGGCACUGCUGCCAAUGUGUCGAUCGUGGACGGACCACGUGUGGGCGUAUUUCAAGGUGAUGGUCGACGUUCAGGUGGAGAAGGAGAUUAGAACGAAGGGCGUACCGGACAGAAAACUGGACGAUCUUCCACCCAGUUACUGGGACAGACUAAUGGAACCUCGAAACGUGUUUGAACAAAUUGAAGCAAGUCCAGACGAGAUUGUGCGUAACGAGUCGGAACACUGGUUUUGUGUUAUAGAGAAAUACAUCAUCCUGGGAGAUGUCGGUGCUUUGAUCGAAGUAAUGCACAACUGGGUGGUCAAGACUGGACAAGAACUUCCUGGUCACCUGCUGCGAUUCAUGUGUCACCUGAUACUGUUCCUCCGAGCAGUGGGACACGCCACGAAGGAGGAACUGUGUACGACCAUCCUGGAGGCCUAUGUGGAGCACAUUAUUACCAACAAGCACAGCCAUCUAGUGGCCCACUAUGUGGCCAGACUACCAAGGCAGUCUCAGGUCAUAUGGUAUGCCAAGUUUUUGGAAGGUAUCGAGGAUCGAACCGAGCGUCAGUCAUGUCUGCAGCAGGCUGAGGAGGAAGGUCUGGACAUUCCACUCAUUACGAAGACUGUGGUGGAGAACAUCCGGCACCGAGACACCUUCGUCGUCAAGGCCGACACCACUCUUCCACCAGAAACCACAGUAUCUGAGGAAGAUCGUAAAAAGAUUGAAGCUAUUGAUUGGCUGGUGUUUGACCCAACGCAAAGAGCUGAGGCAAUGAAACAAGCAAAUGCUGUGAUGAGAUCUUUCAUUGCUCUCAAGAAGCACUUGGCAGCAAGAGAAGUGUUUGAAAAGUUGCCUGCAGAUUCUGUGGACUUGAUCAUGAGAUACAGCCAUCAACAGAAAGGAUCUGUGGGAUCUUCAGACGAGAAUGCCAUCAGAGAAUAUUUAUGCAUACGUGCUUAUCUGGAUGCGGUUGAAAGUUUUAACAGCUGGUUUUCUCUCUUCCACCAUGAUAAGCCUGUUAAACCUGACCUGAUAGUAGGAGGAAACUUCACAGAACGUGUGGCCUACGAACAUCGGCUCAAACAGUAUGAGGCAGAGAACGAUCGGUGGAAACACAAUGUUACACAGCAGACCCGAGUGACAAGAGACAGAAUAUUCAAUGUUUUGCUGUUCACUGAUGGAGGCUGGAUGAAGGACCAGAGAGGGGAUGACGAAGACUCCGACCCACUUCGCACCUCCCAGAUGGAGUCAUUAAGAAAACUCUACCUACCUGCACUGUGCUUCAACUUGCACUACCUUCUACACUCCACCAGGAUGUACGCCGAGUGUUUGCAGCUGGCCGAUGUGAUUGCUUCAGAGCAGUACCAGUUAUACAAGACUUUUGAUAAAGAUGAACUUCAACGGUUGUUACGUCUGUUUCGAGAGUCGUCUCUUGCUCUUCUUGACAUCGGCAAAGAUCCACUUGGCUACGAAUUGGUUUAACAUUGAUUUAAAUGACUGUUAGGCUUCCUGAUUGUUUAACGUGAGAUUUGUAUGGUACCAACAUUUUGACAAAUAAAACAUUUUUUGGAAAA